AUGACAUUGACUCAUCACCGUGUCACUUCAAAGGCUGAGAAUGGGGGUCCAAGCCCCGCCCACACCCAGGAUCCCACUUAUAAGUGUGGGACACCCCCUUUGCAUCCACAGCAGAAGGAACCGACAAUUUUUGUUGCAUGCAAACAUCUCAAAUUUUGUCUCUUAUUUUCCCCAGACAUCAAGCAUAAUUUCAGCCUUCCUCCUCCACCUUCAAUGGCUGGAUCUGGUGAUUCCUAUCAUCAAGGCAACAUCCGAAUGACUCUGGAGGAUCCGGAUCUUUGGAGAUCCUUCCAUGAGAUCGGCACAGAGAUGAUCAUCACUAAACCGGGCAGGAGAAUGUUUCCACACUGCAAGAUCAGCUUAUCUGGAUUGGUGCCGUAUGCAAAGUACAUCUUGCUGGUGGAUAUGGUUCCAGAGGACGGUCUCAGAUAUAAGUGGAACAAGGACAAAUGGGAGGUCGCUGGCAAAGCCGAGCCCCAGCCGCCCUACAGGACGUACCUGCACCCCGAUUCACCCGCACCCGGGAGUCACUGGAUGAAACAGUCCGUAUCUUUUCUCAAACUCAAACUGACCAACAAUGCUCUUGACCAGCAUGGACUUUUGAUUCAGAUCAUCCUUCACUCCAUGCACCGCUAUCACCCGCGUUUUCACAUCGUCCAGGCCGACGAUCUGUACAGCGUGAGGUGGAGCGUCUUCCAAACUUUUACUUUCCCCGAGACCUCAUUCACCGCAGUCACUGCUUACCAGAACACAAAGAUUACAAAGUUGAAAAUUGACCACAACCCCUUCGCCAAAGGUUUCAGAGAUGAGGGUACAAACUCUAAAAGACGAGCAAACAGAAGUCUGGCUGAUCCUGAGAGGGUUGUGAAGAAGAUGAACAUCUCAAAAGACUCUGAGCAUGGAAGUCCACGAGAAUCCGAUGUGAAUUUGCUAAAAAUCUUUUCUUCCAUUGCAGAUCUUGAUGAUGAACAAAUGGGUCGUAAGGACUUGGAGAUAAAAGCCGAGCGGUAUUCCCCGUGGAGUGCAGCGUGUGACCGGGACAGUCAAGUACUCCGUGCGGAUUCUCCUUUGGGCUCGGACCCGCGAGACAUGUACAGUUCAGAACAGCUCGUACCCGGACAAAACACAUAUCAACCUAACAGGUUUCAGGAAUAUGGCAAGUCCCCUUCACCUUCAUCCAGCGUGGGCAGCGGAAGCGGCUGUGGAAGUCGCUCCAGUUUUGAGUCUCGGGUACCCGAUGUCGCCACUGUGCCCGAUCACGAUGCUUCCACCAAGCCAUCUGCCCCAGAGUUUGGCGGACUGCCACCCUGCCCGCCCCAUCCCUCCGCUGGGCACCAGGAGUACACGGGAGUGCUGAACAUGGCCAUAGCUCAGGCCAAACCAGGUAUGCUGGGUCACCAUCCUCUCUACACCCCCUACAGUACCGAACAAUCUCUUGGACAGUGGAGCGGAGCGCCGUCCACCCAGUAUCCCCCUCCACCACCUCCACACCAUCAUCUAUCCACAGAAUACAGCGGCCAGGCUGUCCAUCACAGCUAUCACCAUGGCAACGUGGGAGACUGGAGCCAAUACCCACUCUUCUCAUACUCAUGCUGGUGAGCGGAUGAGAAACUAAACUGCAGAAUGAGAAACCGAGGAACUUGUUACGGUCAGAUCUUGUUCUUCACGCCGUGAUCUGGAGGAUGGCGGACAUCGGUACCUACGAGUGCCGGAUAAACAGUGACUGAAUGUGAUCAGAAGGUGGCACUAACAAGAAUGUUGUCAACUAAAUAGAUUUUAAUACUAAAUGCAAAUGAAAAAUAUGACAAACUUAUGCUUUAGUUUAACCGAGGACUUUCGUUCUUUCGACUUUGUGAAAAGACAAUAUGUUGUGCUGUAUAAUGUACUUUGAAUGAAUAUGGAAGAUACAAUUUGACCUAAAAUGGCUGCUUAUUGGAGAACCAGAAUGGACUGUUUUUCCUUGCUCUGUUGU